GAGACGUCUCUGUUUUCUUCUGCAACGCCCUUGGAGUCUUGACCCCCUUCCCUUCUCCAUUCAUCUCUCCCUCUCUCUCCUCUCCCUCUUGUUCCGCCGCCCAGCCUCACGUUCUUUGUUCAUUGUACCUAUUCUUAAACCCAUUCACUGUCCGCCUGAUUUCGCGCCGUUUUAUCGGAACACAGCAAGAAGGAGGUGCUCAGCAAUUAAAGCGUUGAAGCUUCAAUUUCUUGCAAGUGAUCUCAAUGAAUGAAUGAACGAACGAAUUUAUCGACUUAUGUGAGGAAAAGGUGGAGUUAUCAAUCUGUGAGUUUCGUUGGAAUUCCUGGUCAUGGAAUUGCAAUUCAUCGAAAAGGGUUUUGAUUAUGCCCGUAAAAGAAAAAAGUGGCUCUUUCUACUUGCUGCUUUUGGCUUCACUGGGUACGGUGCUUUCAAAAUUUAUCACUUGCCUUCAAUUACUCGCAAGAGGAAGAGACUUUUAAAGCUUUUGGGAGCAUUGAUAUCCAUCUCCGAAGCAGUCUCCGAAUCGGCAGAAGCUCUAGGGGUCGUCUCGAGAGAUAUGAAAGAGUUUCUGUGGUCUGAUUCGGAUCAAUUGCCUAAUAGCUUGAAGCAACUUUCCAAAAUCACUCGGUCACGUGAGUUUUCAGAUUCUUUGGUCAACGUUACACAGGCCUUAACUCUUGGUGUUUUGCGAAGUUAUCAUUCUAUGAAUAACACCGAUCAUAAUCAAACCAGCCAUAGUUCAAGUCUUGUGGAUCGGUUAGUGGAUAAACUGUUUGCCCCCUCUGGGACAGGCUUUGUUUCUGUAGUUGUUGGAAGCUUUGCUCGGAACCUAGUCCGUGGUUUCUAUUCAAAUGGGCAUUCGAGUGGAGAAUCAGAUUCAAGUUUAAGCAAUACGAUUAGUGUCAGACAUCUUAGCUCCUCCAAUUUGGAAUCUGAACCUUUGCCAGGAUGGGUAGAUGCGGUUUGCAGUGAAAAGUGCAGGGACCUAAUUGGGAAUUGCGUCCAACUAUUUGUAAGUACAGCAGUUACUGUUUAUCUUGACAAGACCAUGCAUAUCAACACGUAUGAUGAUUUCUUCUCCGGCUUGACUAAUCCAAAGCAUGAGAGUAAAGUGAGAGACAUGGUGGUUUCUGUUUGUAAUAAUGCCAUAGAGACACUCGUCAAAACAUCUCACCACGUGCUAACAAGUUCGGACCCAAAUGCCAAUUCAAGUUCAACUGAUUAUUUGCCUAUUGAAGAAAGUUCAAGUCCAGCUAGAGAUGAGAAUUUAGAUGAAGAAACAACAUCUGUUGAAUUAAAAGAAGUUUCAGAUGAAGAAAAAGAGAGUGGAUGGAUGGGCAAGGUAUCUUCUACAUUGGCUGUUCCCAGCAAUCGGAGGCUUAUUCUUGAUGUGACUGGUAGGGUGUCAUUUGAGACGGUUAGAUCUUUCAUGGAGUUUGUGUUAGAGAAGUUCUGCGCUUGUAUCAGAAGAUUUGCAGAUGUUGUGCAUGAGACAAUAGUAGAAAUUGUGACAUAUGUAGCAGCCAAAUCCGCUGUUAUAAUUACAAUAUGUCUCUCUUUGUGCCUGCACUUAAUGGGUGGCGCUUGGACUUUGGUUCCUGCUUAAGUAAUAUAUGAGAAAUGUUUCAUUCAUCAAGUGGAUUUGAAUGGAAUUUCGGACUCAGAUGAUGCUGGGAAAAUGCAGCAACAAGUGCGAUUCUUUGUAUAUCAAAGAAUGAUGGUCAAUUCCAUGUCACUGAAAGAAUUAACAAUGAAGAUAGAUGUCAAGAGUCCUGUGCAAUUGUAUCGACAAUCUUUCCUCGGCAUUCAAGGGCCGGUCUCCUGCGUUUUCUAUAACUUCAUUAGAGAAAAAUCGUCAUCUAUUAAUUAUACAGUCAUAUUGUUUCAUGGUGUAAUGACUAGUACACACUCUUGAAUUGUAACCAUGCUGUAAAUAUACUAUUCUGUAUAUAUAACUCAAAAGUGUUUCUUGUUUGAAGUUGUAAUGACUAGAAAUUCUUAAAAGAGUAAUCUUGCUGUAAA